AUUUUUUGUUUUAUGUAUGGAAAAUGUGUAUUUCAAUAGAUUAUUUUUUGUUUCAGCCGCGUCGUAAGGAAAGCAAUCGCACGAGUGUACAUUGUUAUGCACCAGAAGCAAAAGGAGAACUUGAAGAAAUUCUUCCUUAAGAAGAAGCACAAGCCAUUGGACCUGAGACCAAAGCUGACCAGGGCGAAGAGGAGGGAACUCACAAAACACGAGAAGAAACUGAAGACCAUGAAGGAGAUCAGAAAGCGAAGUGUCUUCCCCCCCAGGAAGUUUGCUGUUAAGGCUUGAAUAAAUUUUUUUAUUUGAAUCGCA